AGUUUACGGAAAAUUCACCGCUUCUUCCGCAAUCUGGUCAUUCACUCAGCACGAAUAGCCUACACCAUAAGCAACAGAAAAAGAUGGAUGAGAACUCAGCAGCAGAUCAACCACUGUCUGAGGGAUCACUGAACAGUCCUGAAGAAGCUGAACAGACCUCGCAUGAAGAAAAGCCUUCAAAAAUCAUCAGGGCAGUGUUUCUGUCGCUGCUCUUAGACCUACUGGGGUUCACUCUCAUUCUACCUCUGCUGCCCUCUAUCCUGGAUCACUACAGCCAGAAAGAUGAUGCUGUUUACAACUCUUUACAGAAUGUUGUGGACUGGUUUAGAGUGGCAGUUGGAAUUCCACUGGACUCAAAAUUCAAUCGUGUUCUCUUUGGAGGGUUAAUUGGAUCCCUUUUCUCUGUGCUUCAGUUCCUCUCAUCUCCUGUGAUGGGAGCAGUGUCAGAUUAUUACGGUAGAAGACCGCUGGUCCUGCUGUCCACUGUGGGUGUGAUGAGCUCCUAUGUGCUGUGGAUGUACUCUCACAGCUUCAGUCUCUUCCUGCUGUCUCGUGUGGUUGGAGGAGUCUGCAAAGGCAACGUCAGCCUCUACACAGCCAUGGUGGCCGAUCUGCGCAGUCCACAGGCUAGAAAUCGAGGAAUGGCCAUGAUAGGCGUUGCCUUCUCUCUUGGCUUCACAUUGGGGCCAAUACUGGGGGCCUACUUUGCCCAGAGGGCCGCUGGAGAUGGGGAGUUUUACCAGGGGCCGGCUCUGCUGGCCUUCGCCUUCUCAGCUGCAGACCUACUCUUCAUUUUUGUCGUGCUACCAGAAACUUUACAGAGAGACAGCAAGGCUUCUGAUGUGAACUCGGUGGUACAGGGGCCUGGAGACCUUCUAAACCCAGUAGCCCUCUUCAACUUCACAGCCAUCACAAGGACUGAUAACCCCCCAUCGGAGCAGAAAAUGAAGAACCUUAAAGUAUUGGGUGGGGUAUACUUCACAUACCUCUUUCUCUUCUCUGGACUUGAGUUCACUCUGAGCUUUCUCACGCACCAGCGCUUUGGAUUCUCCAGCAUGGAACAGGGAAAGAUGUUCUUCUUCAUUGGAGUAAUCAUGGCAUUAAUUCAGGGAGGCUUUGCCAGAAGGGUCAAACCAGGGCAUCAGCUCAAGACAGUCCGUUUGGCUCUCAUAUCACUUAUUCCAGCUUUUCUGUUGAUUGGGAUCGCUUGGAAUAUGCUGCUGUUGUACUCAGGACUGGUGUUAUAUUCAUUUGCUGCUGCCGUGGUAGUGCCUUGCCUGUCCACACAAGUUUCAAACCACGGUUCCUUCAGCCAAAAGGGAGUGGUGAUGGGCAUCCUCCGAAGCCUGGGUGCCCUGGCACGGGCAUGUGGGCCUAUUGUGGCUUCAUCAGUAUAUUGGUUGGCUGGGGCAGAGGUUUGCUUCGUCAUCUAUUCUGCUCUCUUCAUUGUUCCUCUGACACUACUUGCCCGGGACGCUAAAUCUAAAGAUGACUGAUGAGAUUCAAGCUUUGAAAGAGCUUUUUCUCCAAGUGCUAACAGUCACGUGGAAACACUCUUCUAGGUGCCAAUCUGCAAUCUCACACACACACACACACACACACACACACACACACACACACACACACACACACACACACGCAUGUGCGUGUACACACACACACACACACUCUCUCACUCUCACACACACGCGCACGCACGCACGCACGCACGCAC